AAUGGCAGAAAGUGGACAACAAGAUGUGGAAGGGUUCGUUAAAAAAGAAGUAUCAGACAUCGACACCUUUCAGUCAAGCACAAUCAUUCUACCAAAUAACGCGUCCAAGUUUGAAGAUGACACAAAAUAUCACCUUGACCUCGAAAUAAAGACCGAAGAUUUAACAGCUGAAAAUUUUAAACUUGGAAAUGGAACUGCACAAUUGUUUUUAAACACUGAAGGAACAAAAAUAGAAGUAUUGCCAGUGUAUAAAGCGGAGAUUUGUGACACGACUAUAAAAAGUGAACCUCUAGACGGUGAAUGUAAUGCAAGUCCCAGCUCCUCUCUUUCUAAUGAUCCUCUGAAUACCAACCCUCAAAGCAGUGUGGAUAUCUCCCAAUCUAUUAGUAUUGGAGAUACUGUUCUGACUGAACGCAAUUUAAAGAAGUAUAUGUCGACUCGUUCUGGUGAGAAACCUUAUAAAUGUGAUGUUUGUAGUUACACAGCAUCGAGAAGUGGCGCUCUUGCUUCUCACAAACGAAAUCACGCCGGAGAGAAACCUUAUGAAUGCGAUGUUUGUAGCUACUCAGCCUCGCAAAGUGCCGCUCUUGCUUCUCACAAACGAUUACACACUGGAGAGAGACCUUAUCCAUGUACUUUGUGUGACUAUAGAGCUAGCCGAUCAAGCGAUUUGAAGAGCCAUUUCCGAACCCACGACGGUAAAAAACCAUAUAAAUGUGAUAUUUGUAGCUACUCAACCGCGAAAAGUGGCAAUCUUACUUCUCACAAACGAAUACACACCGGGGAAAAACCUUAUAAAUGUGAUAUUUGUAGCUAUUCAGCCAAACGAAUUGGCGCUGUUAUUUGUCACAAGCGAAUACACACUGGAGAAAAACCUUACAAAUGUGAUAUUUGUAACUACUCAGCCGCGAAAAGUGACAAUCUUUCUGCUCACAAGCGAAUACACACUGGAAAGAAACCUUAUAAAUGUGAUAUUUGUAGCUACUCAGCUGCGCAGAGUGGCACUCUUGCUUCUCAUAAACGAACACACACCGGAGAGAAACCUUAUUCUUGUAGUUUGUGUGACUACAGGGCUAGCCAUUCAAUUAGUUUACAGACCCAUAUGAUGAGUCACUCUAGAGAGAAACUUUCCGGGAGUUGAAAUAGAACGGUGAAUUAUAGUCCUCACACGUGUUAAUUUGUAGUUAUUGUAUGUUAUAGUUAUACUGGAUA